GGCAGGGUGCUGGAUGGGCGCGCGGGGAGGAGAUUCUGGCCGAGCCACCCGAAAGGCGUGCUGCUGCUGCUGGGGAUCCCCACUGCAAUGCGGUCCUCUCUCCACCCAUCCUAUCGCUUCCUCUCCCUCCGCCUGACACCAGCCGUGGCCCGGAGCCAAAUAAAAGAGGAAGAUAGCCUGGCGCUGAUCUAGUGACGUAAGGGAGGCAAUAACUCGGUACAUUUCUUUCUCCCCUCCCCUUCCUUCCUCCCUCGUCCCGAUCUGCGGCCUGCAUGCCUCUGAGCGCGUGCAGAGCGCCCAUUUUCGCUUUUGCGGCGUGUGUCACCACGUGUUGGCGCUGCGCGCGGAAAGCCUUCUCGCGCCUGCCUGCGGUUUCGGAUUUCACUUCCCUCCUUUAAAGGCUGCGCCGCGCGCCCAGGCGCGCACACACACACCCGCGCGCCUCUGUCGCAGCAAGCGUCUGGUCUAUAUCGGCGUCCCUUCGCGCUUCGCCCUUCACUUAUUUCCCCCUUCCCCUCCGCUGCCAAGAAGAGCCGAGCGGAUCGCAUCCUCUCCUUGCCCGGGAGAGACUUAAGGCAUCCUCGGCGCUGCGCAGGAAAGAUGCGGACCUCGCUGCCUUUGCUCGUGGCCGUGGCGCUGGCCUGCUUGGGCGGCUGGGCGCAGGGCGAGGUGGUGGCGACGAAGGGAGGAGAAGAAGCAGCGGGCUUCGGAGACUGCGACGGCUUCUUCUACCAGCGGACGCCCCCCGAAGGGCUCCCGGGGCAGCCCGGGGAACAGCACGUGAAGAUCUGCCAGAAAUACAACCAAGAGCCGCGCUUCGCCACCCUCUACAGCACGCGGGACAGAAUCCCCCUUUACGCGGCUUUUCUGUACACGGGAGGCGACCAGAGCGGGGAAGAGAGAUGGCUGGUGGAGCCGCAGAUCGAUGAUCCCGAAAAUGGCCUGGAAGGAAUGAUGGCGGAAGUUGAGGUCACAGGUUCAGUGGACAACUUGGGGUCCAAGCAGGCCCUCACAGCAGACUACGUGGACUCUGGCUACGAGAGGGGGCAACUAAACCCUAGUUCUCUUCAUAAGGGCGACCACGAGAUAGCCACCUACACACUGACCAAUGCGGUGCCCUUGACCCCGCCUCUCCAUGAGAUAUGGCACUGGGAGAUUGAGAGCCUGGUAGGCCAGGCCUUGGCUCCACACUGUGACAAUGGGAAGGGACUCUAUCUUGUUACGGGAGCAAUUCCUUCCACCCUCAAAGUGAAGGACAGAGUCGCUGUCCCCGAGUCUCUCUGGCUGGCCGCCUGCUGUGAUGAUGGCUCCAAGACCUGGUCUUUGGGAUUUAUUAAGCAGGCAACUGCUGAGAAUCGCCUGGAAGACCUCACCGUGGAAGCCCUUGAGAAGAAGCUCCACGCAGGAGCAAAACUGUUUAAGAACCACUGCGGCCAAGACAGACACGACCCCAAGAAACUGGAGGAGGUCCACCAUGCCGUGAAACACGUCCGAGCUAAGGAACCGGUGCCGCAAGAGAAGAAGUCCACCCCAGGCCAGCACACCAGCACACCGCCAAAGGAGGAGGGCGGCUUUCUGAAGAAGUUGUUUUAUUUUAUCGUUACCCCUAUCUUCAAAGUGCUGAAAUUGGUCGUCUACCUGGUUGGCCAGAUUGUGAAAUACACCUUCUCUCUCCUCUGGCGCCUCAUCCAGACGAUCGUCGGAGGGCUCUUCACCUUCAUCAAAGGAAUUGCCUCAGCGCUGCUGAAUGUCUUUGUCGACGUGGCUCGGGUGGCCGUCAACAUCCUGAACGGCAUUGCCAAAAACAUCUACAACGUCAUGAUGAUUACGUACAAGAUUCUCAGCAUCCCUGUGGGCGUGAUACUAGACAUUGCGUCCUUCCCUUUCUACACCCUGGGUGCCGUCCCUACAGUCCUCCGAGAUAUCGCCUCAGGUAUUGGUGGGUUAUUCUUACUGGCAAUCGAUGCCACGACAAGCAUUGUGACUGGCCUAAAUUACAUCGUUUCACAUUUAGCCAAAAAGUUCCUUCCCAAGAUUUCCGAUGCCUGAAAAGCGGUGUGAGCAAGUGAAUGGCUAUGAACAACUCUGGGGGUAACCCCCCCCCAAAGCAAUACUUUCCGAUAUGUUGCUAAUCUCCUGCUGUUCCUAUAAAGUAUUUAUUUGUGAUGACAUUAACAGUAAUGAACCGAUGUUCUGGUAACAUGGGUGAGCUUCAUGCCCCCUCCCCCUCCCAAAGGGGCAUUUUAUGGCAAAAUUAAAUGUUCACUUAUUGUAAAAUGUUGCACUUUGGGUGGCUGGUUGACCCUUCCGUCUCAUGUCAAGUCUUUUGAGAACCAGGAAAAGCUCUGAACAGGAGAGAAACCUUCGUCCUCUCUACUAAAAUAUAUUGAAAUGGUGGAUACAGAAUCCUCUGCAGUGACUGAAGCCACCAAAAUACUUCUCUUUGUAGUAAGUUUACAGCAUAAGCAGAGAACCUUACUGGGGGGGGGGGGGUUCUAGAGAUUUUGAAGAAAUCAUUUUCCAAGUCAAGAAUUAUCUAUGGAGAGGAAAAUCGCUUUCCAAAUCUGCCUUUUUGGUUUAGGCUUUAACUCAAUGAUAAGAGAGCAUCCUUGGCCUAUGGAGGGUCCCACAUUCAAACUGGGUCCUCCAGUUAAAAUAGAGAACUGGGCUGGAAAAGACCCCUAUCUGAGACCCCAGUUGAGCCCCUGUCAAGCAAAGGAUACAGCAUUCGGCUGGCCAGUGCUCUGACUCAUUGUAAGAUUUUUUUUUACACACUUCUUCCUCCCCCCCCUCCUUGGGCAAAUAAUAAUAAUAAUAAUAAUAAUAAUAAUAAUAAUAAUAAUAAUUUAUACCCCACCCAUCUGUCUGGGUUUCCCCAGCCACUCUAGGUGGCUUCCAACAAAAUAUUAAAAAUACAAUAAAACAUCAAACAUUAAAAAUUUCCCUAAACAGGACUGCCUUCAGUUGUCUUCUAAAAUUCAGAUAGUUGUUUAUUUCUUUGACAUCUGGUGGGAGGGCGUUCCACAGGGCGGGCGCCACUACUGAGAAGGCCCUUUGCCUGGUUCAGUGUAACCUUGCUUCUCGCAACGAGGGAACCGCCAGAAGGCCCUCGGUGCUGGACCUCAGUGUCCGGGCUGAACGAUGGGGGUGGAGACGCUCCUUCAGGUAUACUGGGCCGAGGCCAUUUAGGGCUUUAAAGGUCAGCACCAACACUUUGAAUUGUGCUCGGAAACGUACUGGGAGCCAAUGUAGGUCUUUCAGGACCGCUGUUAUAUGGUCUUGGCAGGCACUCCCAGUCACUAGUCUAGCUGCUGCAUUCUGGACUAGUUGCAGUUUUUGGGUUACCUUCAAAGGUAGCCCCACGUAGAGCGCAUUGCAGUAGUCCAAGCAGGAGAUAAUCAGAGCAUGCACCACUCUGGUGAGGCAGUCCACCGGCAGGUAGGGUCUCAGCCUGCGUACCAGAUGGAGCUGGUAGACAUAGAGCAUUUCAGCUGCCAAGUCAUCCGCUACUGUCCCUUGAAGGUAGAAGAAUGAGUUCCUACAGAGAGGAAUUCAAUCUAGUGCUGAUGGAGCAAUCUCCCCUCCCCUUGUGUGCUGUUCUGGGGUUCUCCCAACCCCCCCAUGCCAAUUUCAGGGGGCAAGGGGGGCGAGAGAAAGGGGAGAAGCCCUGUUGCACUAGUGGAAGUCCUUGUGUGAGCUUCUGCUACUGUCGUUGGUUAGUUGAACCUGGUCAAUACUGGUGUAGAGUAUCUGUUUAAGAAACGGAGUAAUGGGCUGGGAAGUUCCCGGUUGAAUUUCAUCUCUGCGAUGAACUAAACUAGGCAACCUCAAGCCCCUCCAUCCACAAUAUGGAAAAUAAUUAUGUUGACAGGAAGGUGUGUAGGGUAAGGGCACAAUGAAUGUGAUGCACCUUGAAUCUUGCAAGCGCUAUGCACACAUUCACACAAUCCAUUUAAGGCACUACAGUGGAACCUUGAGUUGUGAACAUGAUCCGUGCAGGAAGCACGUUGGCAACCCGCAGCGCUGCGUCUGCGCACGCAUGUGAUGCGAUUCGGCACUUCUGCGCAAGCACAAAGCAUGAUUUAGUAUUUCUGCGCAUUUGUGAGCACCGGAACUCAGAAGUACCCCAUUCCGGUACUUCCAGGUUCGGCGCAUCCAUAACCCCAAAACGCGCAACCUGCAGCGAUCGCAACCAGAGGUAUGACUGUAUGAUACUUCUUGAAACAGUAAUGGGUUGCCUCAAAGGAUUCUGGGAGCAGUUUGUUAAGGGUGCCAAGAAUUGUUUAGCCCGCCCUCCUCCCCAAGCUACAAUUAUCAAUCCCUCUUCAUGGAAAUCUGGGAAUUGUAGCUCUGGGAGGGGAACUACGGGUCUCCUAAGAACUUUCAGCACGUUUAACUACUCCUCCCCAGAAUUCUCUGGGGCAAGCCACAACUGUUUAAAUGGUGUGAAUACGGCCAUAGUGUAGUAUCUAUUCUAUGCUUUGUUCUUUUCAGAGUGAUUGAGGCUUACUGGCUUUUGCUUCUAAGGCAGGUCUGGGUUUCAAACCUGUGCUUAGAUUAACUUCUGAAUUGGAUUGUUGUAACACAUUGGACAUGGCUAUGCCCUGGAAGGCAGUUUAGGCUGUUUUAGUGAAAAACGAGGCAGCUAGACUUCUUAUCUGUGGUUAGAUGUCGGGAGCACACCACCAGUUUUUUUGUUUUUGUUUUAAUAACUAGCCAUGAGGCUCCUGGUGGUCCAUGUCCAGGCUCCCUUCAGGGUGCUGAUUUUAAUUUUUAAAAAGCCUUUAAAAGGCUUGAGACAAGUUAAGCUUAAGGACCACUUCCCCCUCCAUGAAGCUGCUCAAGUCGGGAAUGCUUUCCCCAUGGCGACUGGCAGGGCACCAACCCAUAUAUCUUUCGUGUUCCUGGAGAGGACCCUAUUUGCCCGACCUUUUGAAGUCAGAGUGUUUUAAUCUGGUUCUCUGCUUUGAUCUCUGCUGCUGUUUUACAUUGGAUUUUUGGUUUAAUGUAUUUAUUGCUAACCUUCAUUUCUAAUUUUGUUUGCCACUCUCAAGAUGUUUCACAUGGAGAGUGGUGUAGAACCACCACCUAAGUGAAUAAAUAGUAUUUUCACUACC